AUGGGCGCGAAGCAGAGCAGCCCCACCGCCGCCAAUGGCCGCACCCGGGCGUAUUCGGGCGGGGAUUUACCUUCCUCCAGCAGCAGCAGCAGCGGCGGCGCUAACGGGACCGGCGGGCGCUCGGCAGGCGCUGGCGGGCGGUACGCGCACCUGGCGGCGGCGCCUCAUGCCGCUCCCGGCGGCGCGACGGCGACGGCGGCAGCAGGAGCGGCGGCGGGGGCUGCCGCGGGGUCGGCAACCCGGAGCAGGUCCUUAGGGGGGGCCUCCGCCUCCGGGGCCCGGGCCGCGCAGUCCGCCUUCAACAUCCCCCACAGCAGCGGCCCCUACGGCUCGCAGGACUCGGUCAACAGCACCCCGGAGGAGGGCGGCCGGGAGCGGCCCGCGGGGGGCGGCGGCGGCGGCGGCUCCUCUGGCGGGCCCCGGCUAGUGAUCGGCUCGCUGCCCGCUCACCUCUCACCGCACCUGUUCGGAGGAUUCAAGUGCCCUGUAUGUUCAAAAUUUGUAUCUUCCGAUGAAAUGGAUUUACAUCUUGUGAUGUGUUUGACAAAACCAAGGAUAACCUACAAUGAGGAUGUGCUGAGUAAAGAUGCUGGGGAGUGUGCAAUAUGCCUGGAAGAGCUGCAGCAAGGAGAUACUAUAGCACGGCUGCCUUGCCUCUGCAUAUAUCAUAAAGGCUGCAUAGAUGAAUGGUUUGAAGUAAAUAGAUCUUGCCCUGAGCAUCCAUCAGAUUAA